AUGCUUAGCUUCGUCCCGAUGGACUUAAAGACAUGCUGCCAGAAGGCGGACACGAACUUCCUGUCGCGUCGAGCAACACCUUCGGCGUUCACCUUCUUGGUGGUUGGCACGAAAUCACACCGCUUGGUCAACCGAUCGACGACGACCCAGAUAGAGUCGACGCCCCGCUCCGUUCGCGGCAGAUCAGUGAUGAAGUCCAUGGAGAUGGAUCUCCAACGCUCGUCUGGAAUACUGAGUGGCUCGAGCAACCCAGGAGGUUUCGUCAAUCGCGGCUUUGUCAAGUACGUACGUCCCGCACCGGGAUGA